AUGGAUUCUCGUCUCAACGUGCUCCCUUCAUUGGUUAUCAGAAAAGCGCUGGCAUUUUUAUCGCCUUUGGAUGCGUAAGUUCUAUUUUUUUUUUUUGCUGAUUUGUGUUAAUUUCCAUCAUUUGACAGGUUCGAAACGUUUCUCUCCACACCACAUUUGGUGCCCAAAUUAAUGGAGCAUAAACUUGAAUUGAACGAGAUAAAAAUAGAGUGUUGGGAUGAUUUCUACCACGUUCAAAUCGGUUCGAACGAGCGAACACCUAGUGAUCCCUAUCCGGCAGCUCAUUUGUACUUUUUGAGCACAGCCGAUGAUACACGUUGUCCAGGUGUGUUUUUAUAUCAAAUACGCUACAUAAAUGUCUUUUUUUAGCGCUUCCAAGUUGGCAGGAGGAUUGUGAAACAAUAUACUUGCGAGAAGAUUUGCGCAUUAACUUUAUGUAAGUUCAAAACAAUUUAUCUCAGUUGUCGCUAGCGUGAUCAAAAAGUUGUCAACUAAUAAAUUGUUCACUGAGACAUUGUGUACAUUUUAUAAGCGGAUCACUUUUUGCGAUUUCUACAAACAACUACGAUUCGUGACUGUUUUUAUGAACAGACACAAACUGACUUUCAGAUGUACACGUUCAAAAGAUCGCCGCAUUCAUGUGACGUGCAUUCCCGACAAGCAACGUCUUUUUGAAGCGUUUCGCGAGACGAUCACGUUUUUCCAAAAAGUCUAUCGAUUCGCAGCCAGCUCAACUUCAACGCUCACCAUUCAUUCGAACAAUGUGCUCAAUGUGCACAGUAUUCGCUUUGAAAAGUUCCGCAAUUUCAACAUUUUCCUGAGGUCCAACACGAUCGCUCCGUGCUGGUUUAUGAGCUGGUUGCUCGAGAAUUUCGAGCUGAACAAGUUGCACACUCUUCGCCAGGACGUUUUCGAGAAUUUCAGCCCGAAAAAGGUAAGCCACGCACGGUCUCCCAAGGGGCGCUAAUGCUAAACACAGUGCGCUCGUAAAUUGCGGAGUGUCGUUGUAACUUUUGAAAAUUUGCAGGUCUGAAAAUGCAGUUCAAUUCGAGUUUACGACCUUUAUUUCUUUCUUUUUGACUUGAAAAACGUCCAGAAAACAAUAUUUUACUGAUUGGAAACCGUUCUUUACAGAAUUUAGAGUUUUUCUUGUUUUUAGCGUCUUUUUCGCAUUUCAGCUCAUUUAGCAUUUCAUGAGCACAACGAACGAUAAAAAUGUUCGCUGAAUCUUUUUUCACAAAAUUCCGGUUCCGGCGGUUAGUUUUCUUGAGCAGUUUUCGAAAAAUAUUCGAAAAACAUCAAAAUCCAGGCCAAAACCUUCAAAUCGAAAUAACUCGGCUAAUUCUCAACGAUAUGCGAGAUUUCUGUUACCAAAACGUAGCUAGUGCUCUAAUUAUUCGACGCCAUGUUCCAGGCGCACAAAAAAACAGGUGUAUUGUAUAGAAAACAUGGAAAGAACGCGGCCACCCGUUGAAAAUUAAUUAAUCGGCCGCCGCGUAAAUCGACACAACCCGCCUGUUGCAAGUGCGCCCCAUUGAAAUCAUUCGCGCCGUGGGAGACCGUGGCUAUGGUGUUUGUAGACGUCCAACAGUUGUCGUCAUUAUUUUCAGCCAAUCCGAUGUCGUGAGGAAUUCCGCACCGUUGGAAAUUGGGUCACAUUCGAGAUCCUACAGAAAAUCGACUCGCCGACAAUUUAUCUCCGUCAGCCGCUCGUCAAGACGGUUCAGAUGAACGCAUAUAUCAAAAUGUGGACGGUCGGAGAAGUUGGACAGAAUUUGAAACUUCUGCACAUUGACGUCAUCGUCUCGGCUGCGAUUGAGGAUCUCAAAAAAGGGAUAGAAGUGGAGGAGACGACUGAUUUCGAAGUUCCGGGAAAGUUCUGCGCCGGCUCGUACAUUUCCAAUCGGAUCACCGACGGAUUCAACGUUCGUCGGACCACUGAUAACGCCGUUUUCACAGUCGCCGUCGGCAAAUCCUCCUUUUUUAUGUUCGCGCGGAACCAUUAA